CCAGCCAGGAGCCACCCAUCCUCCAGCACACUAAGCAGCAAGCUGGACACGUGGCACACUGAUCCAAAUGGAGAGUGUCCUUUGCAGCCUGAUCACACAAAUGAUGAAAAAGAAUAGAACUUUCUCAUUCAUCUUUAAAUAACGUCUCCUUGUUUACCCUGGCACGAACCAGCCAUGGGCACAGACCAAGAGCCAAACUGGGAUAAACAAGGGUUGCUUUGUCCCUGGAUGACAUGAGAUGGUCAUCACCACAUUAAAGGUUCUUAAGCUAGAGAGUAACAGGAGGUAUUUGUAUGUAUUCAAGGUUACAAGAUGUUCAACUAAGCCUGAGACCUAGUGACUACAUUUCAUACAGGAACAAAUCAAUGGUUUUUCAUCUCCCGGAGAUACAUUAGAAACAAAUAUGGUGCUAAAAGAACUCCUUACCUUUCUCUGACUACAAUUUAUUUGGACAUACUUUUGUAUUGAAGAGAGGUAUACACACUGAAGCUACUUGGUGUACGGAGACUUUGUCCUGUAGGAUCAUGGACCAUCCUAGUAGGGAAAAGGAUGAAAGACAACGGACAACUAAACCCAUGGCACAAAGGAGUGCACACUGCUCUCGACCAUCUGGCUCCUCGUCAUCCUCUGGGGUUCUUAUGGUGGGACCCAACUUCAGGGUUGGCAAGAAGAUAGGGUGUGGGAACUUCGGAGAGCUCAGAUUAGGUAAAAAUCUCUACACCAAUGAAUAUGUAGCAAUCAAACUGGAACCAAUAAAAUCACGUGCUCCACAGCUUCAUUUAGAGUACAGAUUUUAUAAACAGCUUGGCAGUGCAGGUGAAGGUCUCCCACAGGUGUAUUACUUUGGACCAUGUGGGAAAUAUAAUGCCAUGGUGCUGGAGCUCCUUGGCCCUAGCUUGGAGGACUUGUUUGACCUCUGUGACCGAACAUUUACUUUGAAGACGGUGUUAAUGAUAGCCAUUCAGUUGCUUUCUCGAAUGGAAUAUGUACACUCAAAGAACCUCAUUUACCGAGAUGUCAAGCCAGAGAACUUCCUGAUUGGUCGACAAGGCAAUAAGAAAGAACAUGUUAUACACAUUAUAGACUUUGGACUGGCCAAGGAAUACAUUGACCCCGAAACCAAAAAACACAUACCUUAUAGGGAACACAAAAGUUUAACUGGAACUGCAAGAUAUAUGUCUAUCAACACGCAUCUUGGCAAAGAGCAAAGCCGGAGAGAUGAUUUGGAAGCCCUAGGCCAUAUGUUCAUGUAUUUCCUUCGAGGCAGCCUUCCCUGGCAAGGACUCAAGGCUGACACGUUAAAAGAGAGAUAUCAAAAAAUUGGUGACACCAAAAGGAAUACUCCCAUUGAAGCUCUCUGUGAAAACUUUCCAGAGGAGAUGGCAACCUACCUUCGAUAUGUCAGGCGAUUGGACUUCUUUGAAAAACCUGAUUAUGAGUAUUUACGGACCCUCUUCACAGACCUCUUUGAAAAGAAAGGCUACACCUUUGACUAUGCCUAUGAUUGGGUUGGGAGACCUAUUCCUACUCCAGUAGGGUCAGUUCACGUAGAUUCUGGUGCGUCUGCAAUAACUCGAGAAAGCCACACACACAGGGAUCGGCCAUCACAACAGCAGCCUCUUCGAAAUCAGAAUACAUCAUCAGAGCGCCGAGGAGAAUGGGAAAUUCAGCCCAGCCGGCAGACCAAUACCUCAUACCUGACGUCUCACUUGGCUGCAGACCGCCAUGGGGGAUCAGUGCAGGUGGUUAGCUCAACCAAUGGAGAGCUGAAUGUUGAUGAUCCCACAGGAGCCCACUCCAAUGCACCAAUCACAGCUCAUGCCGAGGUGGAGGUAGUGGAGGAAGCUAACUGCCUGAAAAUGCUCAACCUGUGGUGCUGCUGUUUCUUUAAGAGGAAAAGGAAGAAGACUGCUCAGCGCCACAAGUGACCAGUGCCUCCCAGGAGUCCUCAGGCCCUGGGGACCCUGACUCAAUUGUACCUGCAGCUCCUGCCAUUUCUCAUUGGAAGGGACUCCUCUUUGGGGGAGGGUGGAUAUCCAAACCAAAAAGAAGAAAACAGAUGCCCCCAGAAGGAGCCAGUGUGGGCAGCCAGGGCCUAGUGGGUCAUUGGCCAUCCCCGCCUGCCUAAGGCUCUGAGCAGGUCCCAGAGCUGCUGUUCCUCCACUGCUUGCCCAUAGGGCUGCCUGGUUGACUCUCCUUCCCAUUGUUUACAGUGAAGGUGUCAUUCACAAAAACUCAAGGACUACUAUUCUCCUUCCUCCCCUUAGUUUACUCCUGGUUUUUACCCCACCCUCAACCCUCUCCAGCAUAAAACCUAGUGAGCUAAAGACUUUAUUUGCAGAAGGAGAUCAAGAGGCUGGGGGUAAGGCCAAGAAGGUAGGAGGAAAAUGGAGACCUGGGCUGGAGAAGAACCUUCUCCGUGUCCCAGGUGUGCCUGGCAGUAUGGUUUCCUCUUCCUCUGUGCCUGUGCAGCAUUCAUCCCAGCUGGCCAUGGGGUUCAGGUUCCUUCUUCCCUCCCUCCUGUGAAGUUACACUGUAGGACACAAGCUGUGAGCAAUCUGCAGUCUACUGUCCCUGUGUGUUGGCGUUCUUAGCUUUUUUGACAAACUCUUUUUUCCAGGCGGUAGUAGGACAAUGAAAAUUGUUCUGAGCAAAGGAAAGAAAACUGACUUUGUUGCACUUUUAGUUUUUUUUUAAAAAAACAAAAACAAAAACAUGGCAGAUGCAUAUUGUGUCUGGUUAUAUUGGGGGUUUCACUUUUACCUGUUUUGAGGGGGAUGGGGCCAGCCAAGCCAUUCAGAGAGAACAUGGGUCCAGAGGACAUUCUCAGUGGAAAGAGUUUGAUCUGCACCACCCAGAAGAGAAGCCAAACUCGGUGUCAUUCUGAGUGAACACUCAGGUUGGCAAGAAAACAUACUUGAAUUUUCAUUCAUCUUCUCAGCAGCUGAAGAAUGUCCCUACCAGAGCAUCUUGACCUAAUCAGCUUACAGUUUGAAAACCUAGCUCUCCAGCACAUGAGAUGAGCCAGCCGAACCAGACUGUGACCAGGAAACAGCUCAUCCCAGAGAAGGAGAUGCUUAACAAAAAAAAAAUAAUAAUAAUAAUGAAAUUGUUUCUUCUGCUGCCAGGGACUUCCAACUAGAUAGCCAUGUGAUUUCCUGGUGACUUGGGGGACAAAUUAGUGAUGAAACAGCCACCACCAUAUUGCCAUUAGUGGAAAAAAAGAGGAGGACAGUGAACCUACCUUCCACCUGCCAGAGGGACCUCGGGUUGUGGCAUUAUAGGGCCAGGAAAAGAAAAUCAGUGUAUCCUAUCUCCCCCAAUAGCUGAGCUGUAGCAUUUGGGCUGGCCUGCCUUAUCAGAAACCAAGCUUAUGAAGAUCUUCUCCCAGCAGGUCCAUAGCAGUAAGCUUAGGAUGCAGUAUAUGGGGCUGCAUUUAAAAGGAGGGAAAGAUUGAUUGGUGCUGGAAUAUUCCAGGGAAAAGGAAACUGGAGUGAAAGGUCUGAAAUUAUCUUCUCAACUGGACAUAGACUCCUUCCAGAAAGGUGGCCAUGCCUCUAAGCAUGUUUUCCCCAGUAUGCCCUCGGCCUCCCCCCGUGGUGUUUUCAUAGGAGGUACUACUGUGAAGGAUCUUGUUUCCUCAUUCACUGUUUGACAAGUCUUUCAUGUGGGAAGUUACUCUUCUCAUACCCAAUUUUCAUUUGAGUUUAGUAGCUUAACCAAACAAUGACUGCCCAUUCCAGAGGUGACAGAAGAGAAAGGGUCAUUUACAUCAGGAAAGAGGUCUUGUAUCUGGGAGUAGAGAGCCAACCAUGGAGCACAGUGGCUGGUGGGUGACUUAGUCUGAUGGUUUGUGGAGCAUAGAAGUCUUCGCCUCUAGCUUGAGGUGUAGGGCUAUCUUUUGGACUGGAGGGUGUGGGGAUAUUUUCUGGUAGUUGCCAUUUCUUGAAAAAUUCCCUUGAUGUACCUUGCACAGAGCAGAAAUAGCAUUAACAGUAUCAGA